AGGAGAAAUAGGAAGAGAAAAGAUAUAAAGAAGAACAAAGCAAAAGGAGUGUGAUGACGCAUACCUGAACCAGAACCCAUCCUGUUUUACCGCCAUGAAACUUUCCCCAAACAAAGAGCAAACGGAGAAAGUGAAACCACAUUUACUGACCUCAAGCACAAUUAGAUGCAGGCUCAAACCUCUCUGUACACCAUCGUCGGACGGACAAUGCCACAGCAUACACAGCAUUCCUUGGUCUAUAUCCUCCUGAUGUGGACCACCCUCAAUACCAUAAUUCAGGUUAUAUUCAUCACCCUCUUCUUCACUGUGGGACGAAAUGAACUGUCUCUGAACAGUAGCACCCACAGUAGCACUAUAGAACCAAAGCACAAUACGCAAUCCCAGAGUCCUUCCCACGGUGGGCUUAUCUUAGGUGAAGGCAAAAUGAUCACCUUUAAGGCUACUGACGCUAAAAGUGUUGUAACAUGGGUUGCAAAAAAUCCAAAUACAUAUGUGAUCUCAGACUCAGGAAAAGAUCUCCAGAUACUAAAGGAUGGACAUUAUUUCCUCAAUCUCCGAGUGACAUUGGAAGCGAACAGAGGAGUAAAUAGCUCGGAGCAUACAGUAAAACUGAUGUGGGACAACAAUGAAGUUGUGCUGGAGGGCUGGAUUAACACAAUAACAAAGAGUACAGGUGUCCUCAGCAAGGUGCAGAAUCUGUCUGCUGGAAAACGUUUGACAGUCAGGAUUGAGCCACCAUCUAGUUAUGUUGAUACCACUGAAUCAGUGACCCACCUGGAUAUCAUCUUUAUGAACAAACCCUAAAUGUAGUCUUAACUUCCCGGUCUGUUUGGCAUGAUAUCUGGACCCCCCCCCCCCCACACAGACAGUAGUGAUUGUACUUAUUGGGACCUUGGAUAAUCAAAUCACUAAACUGCCUUUUUGCAAAGAGAGUAAGAAUCAGAGAAUGAAUGAAUCCAUUGGUUUCAAUACAGAUUUGUUUUUUGUUUUUGUUUUUGUUUUUUUUUUAUGUUGUUUUUAUGUCAUGGUUUUACCCACAGGGUAGGUACAAACCUCUCACAUUUCAAGUCAGGUUCAUUGGAAAAUCAACCUUUCAAAAGGAUUUUAUGACUUAUGUCCUGUCUAAUUGUGUUAAUUAAGUAGAUGCUACUGGACAGCAGCUCCAGAAUUAAACCGAAGCUGGCUUCAUCACUACAAAUCUGUUACAUGUAAAAAUACAACGGGGGGGGGUUCCUUAAUAUUCCUCGACUGAAGAACCAAAUCUGGAUUGUUUUAUAACUCAUUAGAUCUAGUUUUACUUAAUCCUUUGAUCAAUGUGUCUAUUUCUUAGACCUAUUCUGUAAAAUAGUAAAACCCUUAAUGAACUGAUUACAUCUCUGCAACAGAGAUGUAAUCAGAUGAUUUGAACACAGUUGGAGUCAUAGUAAAGGGAACAUUGGUUAAGACAUGUAAAUGUCUUUAUAUAUAGAUUACUGGUGAAAAGAUGAAGAUCUCACACGGCACAAAAAGAUUUCAGGCUUGUCAAAAGCAAACAAACAACAACCAAAAGCAAUGGCUGUAGCUCGAAACCUCUCUCAAAUCAUAGAGAAUAUGUGAACAUUUUCUCUGCAAAGGCCAACUCUGAUAAAGUAAAGCAGAUCAAAAUGAGAGAGGUUUUAGUACAUUUAGUAUAGGCAAGGUCUCCAAGUGGCCAUUUUGGCAUCCUCUGUUCUCAAAGUCCCCCAGUAGGGGGAUGUCAUGAUUUAAAAGCUUAACCACUUACAUUUAUUUCCUGGUUUGAAUUUCUUAUAUUUAAAUUACUUUACUCAAAGAAUGUUUAUUUUGUGGUUCCACAUUUAUUGUCAGAAAACUUUUUUUCUGCCAAAUGAUUGUAUUUGCACACCUCCUUCCUGCUGAUUUCUGAUGUGUUUCUUAAUGUGUUUUGAUCUGUGAGAAUUUAUAUAUUUAUAUCAUGUUUAUUUAUUUGUAGACCCAAAUGUACAGCAUAGACAGUAUGUGUAGGAAAAUUCCACCAAAACAUUUAGAUGAUAUUCACUGAAUGUUUGACACGGUGCAACAAAAUGUGUUACUUUGGAGCAUCCAUUAUGUCAUCUUUAUUUGUCAGUCUUUGGAAUAUAUUUACAAUGUUUUCCUUUAAGUCAUACUAGAGAGCUUAAAAUGGAAGUUAUGAAUGGCUGUUAUUUAAGAAUAUUUUGUUUGUUUUAACAUAAUAUAAUGGGAUUUUAUUUGGUUUUCACAGUCUGUAAUUUAUAUGUCCUCCAUUAUGAUAACAAAUAACUCUUUUAAGGGGGUGAUUUGACUAAACAAACCUUCAAAAUCUAAAUUAUAUAUGCUAGGAUACAAAGAAUAAAUAUUUGGAUAACACAUUAUGAUACAGGAAAUCUAAAGUCACGGUGGUUAAUGUGGAAGGUUUCAUGU